UCUCCUGAGAAGGCGAGUUACUCGGGCAAGGAAACUUAUGAAAAAAUCUUCUCUAUUUCUUUAAAACCCUAACAGAGCUCUAGCCCGAUUUGAACGAAAUCUUCAUUCUCCGCUUUCACAAUUUUCUCUGAACUUUUGUUAGCAGGCCACCUGUGGAUUCCGAGGUCAACCCUUAAUCGAUUUCCUCUACCCUCGAUCACCUUUCUGGGGUUAUUGACGUCGGCAGUUCCGAUUUCUUCCCUAAUUUUUUUGAAUCGAUCUUUUAUCUUGUCUUUGAAAUUUCUUUGAUGCUUUUAGUUUGGGAGAUGUGUAAGGAGGAUCAUCUGUGAACAGUUUAUAAUUGUGCGUGCUUGGCCUGCUCUCUUAGAUUUAUUUGAAUUCAGGGACACUUGACCUUGGCACAUCCAAAGAAGAGUAAGAAGAACUGGGAUUGCUUCUAUUGGAGGCUAAUCCCUUUAGUGAUAUCUGAUCAAGUGGCCAUUUCAUUGCAUUUGUUGAACUACCAUUCUCUGCGGGAAUGGCCCAGGAUAGCUGGAAUAAGGAGAUCAAUGAGACUGAAUUCCAAAUGCGUGAAAGCCCAAUACUUUGUGCAAACAACUGCGGUUUCUUUGGGAGUGCAAUGACUCGAAAUCUUUGCUCUAAAUGCUAUAGAGAUCUCUUGAUGAAGCAACAAGUGAUAGCAGCAACAAAGCUAACUGUUGCUACGUCUUCUUCUGCCAUAGUUGAACCAGUUCCAGAUGAAUCAAAGGAGUUGAAUUUGGAAAUUACUGGGAAUCUGGGAAAGAAACCAUCAGAGGAGCCAAGUAACAAGCAACAACCAAACCGGUGCUUGCUUUGCCGAAAGAAGGUGGGGUUGACGGGGUUCAAAUGUCGAUGCGGAGACAUGUUUUGCUCGAAUCAUCGGUACCCCGAGUCUCACAAAUGCUCAUUUGACUUCAAGAGUGCAGGUGAAGAAGCUAUAGCCAAAGCAAACCCUGUUGUGAAAGCUGAAAAGAUUGAAAAGAUCUGAUAUGGCUUUGCAUUGAGGAAUGCUUUCAGUGGAACAAAAUUUCAGAACCUGCCUUUCUUAAGAGGUGCAGUCCUCCAAAGAUAAGCUAGUUGUCUUCUCAACAUUGUAGCUUCUUUCCUUGCUGAAUGCUGCUCGUUGUUUCAUAAUAAAGAUAAGUGUGACUGAUCUCUGGUUUGAAUUCAUGCAACCAAAUUUCCUUUCCUUUGCUCGUUAUGAUCUUAUAUAUGGUUUCAUCCUUAUAUGAACACUCUCGACUCUGCUUGUUUUAGGGUAUUUAUUAUAAAUAUCUUCCAUUUAUAAUAAAAUAUCAGUAAGUUUUGAGCUGAUAUUUUGUUUU